UAGAGCAGGGAGCAAAAGUAGCGGCUAAUAAAACUAAAUGACAUUCUAAUCAAAAGUUUACAAACAAACAAUAAGGAAAAUGCAAAAGAACAAAAAUUUUACAAACUGAUUUCAUGGUUUGACACAAAGAAUUGGUCUUUACAACAGCAAAGUGUAUAUUUUUAAAAAUAUUUAUCAGUCGUAAUUUCUUUUUUUUUUUACAAAAAAUAAAAUAAACCUCAAAAAAAUCAUUGAACUUUAUUUUAAAGAAGAAUAAUAUUUUGCGAUAAUGGUUCAAGUAACUCAAACCGAAGAAGAAAUUAAAAUCAUCAUUGAGUUAAAUCGUUUAAUAACCCGCAAACCGGAUAUUGUGCUGCUGCCAACAUAUUUAAAAUUUAACAAUCCACCCAUAUUCUUUGAACGACAUCUGACACAGGAAAUCGAUGAAGUGGCCAGCUUUUGUCGCAUAUUCAAAAAUGAGGCACGUAUAAUUCUGAUCAAAAAAGAAAAGGGCAUUUGGCUAGAAAUCUUUCAGAAAUUAAAUAAAGAAGAGUUAUUUCAAAAACGCUUAGAAUAUUCCGAUCAAAUAAUCUCAAGAAAUAAGGAACGUGACGAAAAAGCUUUAGAACGUUAUGAGCAGAAAAGACGCACGGAAAUAACACGUGAAGUAAGUCGAGAGACAGCCUUACGUGAACGUGUUAAACAAUUCGAAAAAGAAGCGUGUCGUGAGGCUAUGAUAGUACAACCCAAAGAGACACACGUUAAGACAAAACCAGAACUGGUAAGAAGUUCUGCUGUCACAUCUUCACCAAGACCACCAUCAUCUGCUAGGGCCAGUUCUGCCAAAGUUUGCAAUCGUUUGGGUACACCUAUAGCUCGUCCUAUGCCUUUGUUGCGUAACAGUGGUAAAAUUAGUGUGAACUUUAGUAGUUUCCAAUAUUCUACUCCAAAACGUGAAUCUCAGGAGGGUUUACCGCGUCCUUUUGUGGUAGAAAGUGAGCAAAAACCGUGCAAUACGCAAAUGGAUAAAGUGGAAUAGGGUAA